UCGUGGUCAAAAGACACGAUUGCAAACAGCUAUCGGAUAUACGACGAUUUCGAAUUACCGCCGACACCGUCUCUUCAUAUGGAAGGGCAGAACGCGAGAUCAGCAACAGGUUGCGAGAUACCGUGGUACCACAGGUGGUCAUGGAGCAACCCGUCGAAUCCUUGCAGCGGAUUUGACAUUGCAACCGACGAAGCUCGUUUAAUUCCGCCGCCUUACAUCGUGAACUUCCUUCAAAGCACCGACAGCAAUCAAAAUUAUCGUGCAUGCAGAUGGGAACAAUAUUCUCAGCAAGAUGCCACAGAUUGUCAUCCGAUAAUUGAGCAAUUGAAUGGAAAGGAAGAUGUGAAGUCUUUGAGCAAAUCUGAAGAUUUAUUAUAUGAACAUAAUCAAGAUCGCCGUGUAACAACUACGACAAACCCGGGGACGACGAUUCGCACUUGGGAGAUGUCUCAUUUACAAAAUAUGGACCGCGAGUACGAAAAUAAGUAUCACUCAUGGCAGGAUUUGCAACAUAGUGAGAAUCAUAAGAAUUCAAUUUUUGGAGAAAAUACACAUCCGCAUCAACAAGAACGAGAAACAAUGAAAAAGACAAGCGAUAAGCCACGGAAAGAAAGAACGGCAUUUACAAAACAACAAGUUCGACAUCUUGAAUGCGAAUUCGCUCACAGUAAUUAUUUGACACGUUUGCGCCGCUACGAAAUUGCCGUAGCACUGGAUCUAACGGAACGUCAGGUGAAAGUGUGGUUUCAAAACAGACGUAUGAAGUGGAAGCGAACAAAAGGCAGCACGACAAACGUACAGGAAGCAACUGUUGCAUCGUGACAUAUAUUUCUUGAAAGUGUUAAUCAGUAGAUUCAGAUU